GUUACAGGCCAGCUUACCUGGUUUGGAUAUGAAAGUCCUCGAAGCUUUUGGGAUUACAUACGGGUCGCAUGUUCCAAAGUGCCCCACAGCUGUAUUUGUAGUAUUGAAAACAUGGAAAACGUUAGUUCCUCGAGAGCCAAGGGCAGGGCCUGGAUCCGAGUUGCACUGAUGGAAAAACGCUUAUCUGAAUACAUUACUGCAGCACUGAGAGACUAUAAAACUACAAGGAGAUUUUACGAUGAUGGAGCGAUAGUGCUGGGUGAAGAAGCCAAUAUGCUCGCCGGUAUGCUGCUUGGACUCAAUGCCAUUGAUUUCAGCUUUUGCCUUAAAGGAGAGGGCCUUGAUGGGAGCUUCCCAGCUGUCAUAGACUACACGCCUUAUCUCAAGUUUACACAAAGCUCUGAGAGUAUCAGCAGCGAUGAGGAAGAGCUGCGGACUUUGGGUAGCAGUGGCAGUGAGAGCAGUACCCCGGAAAAUAUUGGUCCUCCAUUUAUCAUGGAUGAAAAUAGCUGGUACAACAAGUGCAAGAGGGUGGAGCAGAAGUAUCGGCUGGCAUUGGAGCAAAAGGGUUAUCUUGAAGAAUUGGUCCGCCUUCGGGAAGUUCAACUAUCUGACUCAGUAUCUCAAAACAAGUUAUUAUUACAGAGGAUUAAGGACCUUGAAGUGAACCACAAGCUGGAGAAAGAACAGCUAGAAUACAUAAUUGUAGAACUCCAGGACCAGCUGACUAUUCUAAAGAAUAAUGACUUAAGAUCAAGACAGGAGCUUACCACACACCUCACCAACCAGUGGCCUUCCCCAGGAGCUCCGGAUGUUAAAGCUGUGGCCCUGGAUACACUGCUCUACCAAAAGCACAAUGAACAUUGGCAUGAGUAA